AUGCCGAUGCAUCCGGUCACCUCCACGUUGAUGUACAGGGGGAUCUGCACCAUCCCUGACAUCCUCUCCUACAGCGCCCCGGUGAACCUGCCCGAAGACGAGGUGGAAGAGAUUCGCGAGGCUUUCAAAGUGUUUGACCGCGAUGGAAACGGGUUCAUCUCCAAGCAGGAGCUGGGCAUGGCCAUGCGCUCCCUGGGCUACAUGCCGAACGAGGUGGAGCUGGAAGUCAUUAUCCAGAGACUCGACAUGGAUGGCGACGGCCAGGUGGACUUUGAGGAGUUCGUGACUCUUCUGGGUCCAAAGCUGACGGCAGCCGGGAUGCCAGACAAGUUCAACGGCACCGACUUUGACUCCGUGUUUUGGAAGUGCGACAUGCAGAAGCUGACGGUGGAGGAGCUGAAGAGGCUUCUGUAUGACACCUUCUGUGAUCACCUUUCCAUGAAAGACAUUGAGAACAUCAUCAUGACCGAGGAGAAUCACAUAGAGAACCCCGAGGACUGCCAAGUGGACAUCGACAGCUCCAGCCCGACGCAGCAGGUCAAACAAACUUGUGUGCGCAAGAGCCUGAUAUGCGCCUUCGCCAUUGCUUUCAUCAUCAGCGUCAUGCUCAUCGCAGCCAAUCAGGUGCUGCGGAGCGGCAUGAAGUAGGAGCAGUGACUUUUCCUUUGCCUUGACCACCAACGAAAGGCAAACCUUCGAGCUAAAACAACUGUGCAGAUCAACCUCAAUAACAGACGCAAAGAAAACACAACAAGACAAUUAAAAAAACAUCAGACGGACCGGACAGAUGACGCCAUG